GGCUCCAAUAGGAAGCACUUCCGUGGGCUCAACUGCCACGGCUGACCGACAGAAACAGUCUGCAAUGAUUUGAACGAUACAAAAGAUGGAAUAGUUUUCAUAUUCGUUACCUAAUCCACUGUAAUCUGCCUUUUGUUUCGGAGUUUGUGUCCGCAGUCAGCCCUGCGCGGGUUUUGGUGGCAGACGAAUGGAGGGAAGUGCUUCCUGAUAACAAGGAGGUGCGUCUUAUUUCCAUUCCAGUGAUUGACUGCGCACGGCUUUCACCGCCGGAGCUGGGGGCAUUGACGCAUUGUAGAGUCGACAGGGGGUAGCACUGCAACCCCGGCAUCGCUACACAUCGGAGGCAUCUAUGGGCGAAACCGCGAUGGCCGUGGUGCAGCUCGAAACGGGGGAACAUCAACCGGAGAACGGCUUCGUGUCCCCAGAAACCACCUCGCCGGGGCUGCUGACACGCAUCGACAACAGUGUUCUGCCAUUUCUCGGGGGAUUUGGGAAAUACCAGAAACAGCUGAUAGUGCUGACAUGGAUUCCGGCGCUAUUUAUUGGAUUCAGCCAGUACUCUGAUAAUUUCCUCCUUGCCCAGCCAAACAACACAUGUAUUCAGCCUUUGGCAAAUCUGACUAAUCAGACUUUAGGUUAUUCCUCGUUGUUGGACAAUCCAAAAAACAUCACCGCGCGGUCAGCUUCUGUUUAUGCCGGUGGAAAUUACAGCAGCCACAAUGACACGGCCAACAUGCAAUGUCGGUGCAGCGAGUGGACGUUCGAGCUGCACACCGGGCUUGUGCAGAACGUGGUUACUAAGUGGAGUCUGGUGUGUGACUCGGCAUGGAAAGUUCAUAUUGCUAAGUUCUCCCUGUUGGUGGGAUCAAUCUUUGGAUACCUGGUGUUUGGAAUUCUAGCAGACUGGUUUGGCCGACACCCAGUCCUAAUCAUAUCUGUACUGUUCAUGCUGGUGUUUGGUCUGGCUGUGGCUUUCUCUGUCAACGUCCCCAUGUUCAGCACCUUGCGCUUCUUUGAGGGCUUCUGCCUGGCAGGGAUCACCCUUUCUCUCUACGUCCUCAGGAUUGAGCUGUGCCUGCCAGGAUGGCGGUUUUCCAUGACAAUGGUGGCCAAUUUUGUGGUUUUGGGUGGUCAGCUCCUCCUGCCCGGUGUGGCGUACCUCUGUCGUGACUGGCAGGUACUUCAAGCUGUCAUCAUCUGUCCCCUGCUGCUUAUGCUGUCCUACAUUUGGAUCUUCCCUGAGUCAUUGCGUUGGCUGCUGGCCACUCAGCAGUACUGCCGCUCCAAAUGGAUCAUGGGACACAUCGCAAAGAAGAAUAAAGUCAACAUGGAGCUUGAUGCAGAUAACAUCCUCACAGAACUACAAAGAGCUCUUCAAAAGAAACCCAAAAAGACAUGCAUCGUGAAAAUGGUGGGGACAAGGAACCUAUGGAAGAACAUUGUUGUUCUAUGUGUCAACUCGCUAACAGGUUAUGGGAUCCACCACUGCUUUGCUCGCAGCAUGAUGGAUCAGGAUACCCAGGAAACCACUAUGUUCCACAGCUUCUAUGCAGACUAUUACACAAUGGCAGGCAUUGCAGUGACCUCAUGCAUUGCCCUGUGCCCAGCUGUAGGCCUGAUGGGCCGACGAGGUGGCCUUCUUAUGUUCAUGAUAGUCACUGCCCUGGCUUCACUGCUGCAGCUGGGUCUGCUCAACUUGCUGGGGAAGUACAGUUAUCACCUGAAUAUUGCAGAUAAAUCAGAUACGCUGAAAAAGAACUUCUCCAUUGCCUUUUCCAUCAUCGGUAUGUUCUCCUCCCACGCAGUCAGCAACCUGAGCAUCUUCUUCUGUGCUGAGAUCACUCCCACUGUGAUCAGGGGUGGUGGUCUGGGAUUGGUGCUAGCCAGCGCUGGCUUUGGUAUGCUCACUGCACCCAUCAUGGAACUACACAAUCAGAAGGGCUACUUUCUUCACCACAUCAUUUUUGCCUGUUGCACCCUCAUUUGCAUCAUUUGCAUUCUCCUGUUGCCGGAGACACGCUACCAAGCCCUCCCUGAGACCCUGGCUGAUGGUGAGAGCUACACUCGCCAACCUUUGCUUCCCCCAAGGAAACCUGGAGAACAGCGCCUCUUGCUGCACCAGUCUGAGAGCAGCAGGGAUUACACCAGAGUGCAUGACACGCCACUCCAUGAGGCAGCCGCCACGGUGGUGUCAACCAUGGACUCUACCGCUUCUUCAGGUGUCGACAUAACUGCUGCAUUGCCAGGAGAUGUGUCAGCAGCCAUGUUUAUGGAGGUGCACCCUGGCGAACCUGAGCCCAAAGACCCCAAUGGUUGUUCACUUUCAUCUUCCUCCCCAACCCCUAUAACAGCCGUGAGUAAAGAUGGUGCAAUACAUGCUACUAAAGAGCACCUGCUGUCUUCCAGUCCCUUACACAAAGCUCCAUCGGUUACAGACCCACUUUUAUCUGAUGCUGAAGAAACUUCUGCAAUAGUCCUGAAUUCCAUUGAAACACUGACCGAUCGUAACUCCACUGAAAUAAAUAAAAUGGUUCCUUCCCUUGCAAGUGAAGAUGACUCAAACCCUGCUGCUUCACUGGACUCUUCCUCUAUCCCCCAAACUGUGCUCACCUCUGUAUUGGUCUGUACAACACCUGUCAUUGAGCCUCCACCUAUCUCUACAUUAGAGUCUCCUAACCCAGUAGGCGAUGACGCCGACACAGUCAUCACAAAGUCUGAUCCACCUUUGCUUGAGGAUGCUCAUGCCACUUUAGCAGACAGCCCUUCUCCAUCUAUACAUGACAGUCUCUCUCCGUCUCCUGUUCCUGUGACAGACCCUCCACCUUCCAUAACCCCAAAUUCUGGCAUUCCCAUCCAGUUAGAAAUAGUAGAUGGAUCAACUCCUUACAUUAGAGACUCUCAGUUGCCCCAGUUAGAUUCUACCUCUCCUUGUGUUAAAGAUCUCUCAACUCAUUCCUCUUCUCCCCCAAGUCCAGAUACUGUUUCACCAACAUCUACACCUCCCCCACCUAUUGAUUCAGGCCAUUUGACCUCAGCAGACUCUUCCACUCCCCCUUUAACGCAUACGGUAAAGACUGCAGCGCCUCCUGCUGUUCUCCCUGUCACAGACAUUGUGAAUACCUCAACACCAGAAUCAACUACGCUGACUGUCACAGACAUUGUACCAGAAUCAGCAGUUUCCCUCGUCUUGGAUUCAGUACCAAGUUCCAUCACAGAUUCAGCAUGCACAGAAGCAGCACCUCUCUCCUCUUUAAUGGACUCUGUGUCCUCCCCCAUAGACUCUGGUGUCCUCUCUAUCAUGGGCAGAGAGAGUACCAGCACAGAAAACAGCACCGUCAACAGUACAUUGUCGUCGUGAUUCAGUGCUGCAGACAGAAAAUGAAGCUUUAAGUGUUGCACCAAGAGGCAGCCACCCAUAUUAACACCGCUGGAGGAGGUGGCAACGGUGUGGGGGGUGGGGGUGGGGGACUAACUGUCCUGCUCAGACUUCAGGUAAUUCAUGAAGACUGUUCCCCCCUGGAGUAGAAAAGAUUUGUCUUACGGAGCUGCUUUACAUUUCUCAAUAUCCCUCCACCUUCCUCCCGUCUUCGUGCAUUUAGCCAAUAAAUGUGACUACACAAAAAUGACAGAGUGCCACAGGCUGGUUUGUGACAAUGUGACAAUAACUUCUGGAUAUCACCAGCGUAAGAACUACUCAGAUGUAAACGAAUGGGGAAAUCACUGUCUGUCAUUUUGAAGACAAUACCCACAAUCAUUGAGACAUGUCAUCAGCACUGGUGAAGAAAUGCAAUGAUGCUAAAAGCAAACAAAAAAAAUCAGUGGUACUUUUGCUCAAAUAAAAUGUUCAUCUUACAUAUUUAUACAAUAAAUCAAUAAAUGUCGCCUUACUUAUAUGGAGAAAAAAAAUUCUGAAUGUUGCAAAAUACUUUUUUCCAUUUUAAUGAUAAACAAUCCAAAUUGGAUUUUUUUUUUUUUCAUAUAUGCAAGCCAAAAACUACCCUGACCAAAAGUAAAUGUAGACAUAGUGCCAAAAUGUUAGUACAGUAUUUACCUAUUUGGGGAAAUACCUGACAAUACGCUAUUAAAUUAUUCUUAAAUACAGAAGAAGACUGAAAGCUGUCACCUUUUGAUUGGUUAGAAGUCAGAUGAAAUGGAGGCUAUCUGCUUUUGUCAGCACAAAAAGAUUAUCGUAUAAGCAGUUGGAAAGUAUCUGAUCAAACUUUAGUUUUCCAAAUUUAAUUUCAGCCUAUGAAAUUUCUGGGGUGCAAUUUUUUGGUAAAUGUGAUCAUGUUAGUAAGUGGAUAACUAGCUUUUGGCCUUGACUCAGAUUUGUUUUUUAAAUUCAAGGUCUUAUGUGGAGAGUCUCCAAUGGUGUGCCCUUAUUGUACAGAGCUAUGCUUUAUUCUUACAGUAUUUGUGGCACUUUAUUUGUGCAGAGGGGGACAAAGCAUGCACAUUAUUGUGGAGGCGUUAACAAAACCAUAAAAAAAAGAAAAAAGGCUAUUUUUAAAAAUGAAACCUACAGACUCCAAAAUGUCUGAUGUGAUUGUGAACUGUUGUUGCAUUCAAAUCAUAUAGCAUUAACAUAGUUAAUGUACAUCAGUGUUUUCAUACAGCUACACAAACUAAGCUUACCUUAAAUUGAAAAUACUAUACACUUGUCAAAAUGGCAAUUAGAAAAUACCCUUAUAAAUACAUAAACUUAUUGAGUAUUUCUUAGGGAAGCACUUUUCUUCCAAAGCCCAUGUCCAUCUGUGGACAGCAGGAUACUUGACUUGAAUACAUGUGUAACUUGAGCGUUGUAAUAAUUCUUACAUUUGAGCUUAUAAUACUUGACUAAAAAAGGAUGUGUGAUGAUGGAUAUGCCACUGUUUACAAAAAGCCUCACAAUAAUGAUUAAUAAUACCAAUGGUAAUAAUGAUGAUAAUAAUAAUAACUACACAGUACUGUAAAACUUUCGAGCCUACUGAAUGAUGUCUUGUCAUUUCAAAUGUGAUAAAACUCAAUAGAUCAUAUAUCCAGGGACUAUUGGUGAACUGUUACGGUGUCAAAGGCAUCACCACACCUAUUUGACUCUGUUACCAUACACCUAUAAAGAACCUUACAGGUACUUUACUCACCAAAACUCAAAGUCUAUGUACUCAUCCAAAAAGCUGCAUGUCUUUGGGUUUAUAAAUGAUUGAGCAAAUCUACCUGCAGUUGAUUCUGAAAUGCUACUUGGACCCAGUUGUUUAGGGUAGUAUUUUACCCUUUUCACCACAUUAGAUAUUCAUAUAUUUGUUUAAUGUCAGACAUUUGGUGUGUAUGUUGCACCUCGAAGCACAAUGAACUGCAAUCAUAUGGUGGCAGAGUUGAUGUCUUUACAAUUUAAAAAAACAAAAAAAAAAGGGAAAUUGCUAGUUACCUGUACACUUUUGCAAUAGAUCCACAUGGGGUGGGGGUAGGGGAGGGCCUUGAUGUUGGUUUUCAUGAGAAACGUUUGGCAUCUGAGAGCGUGUUGACUGCAGUGGUCUGUAGCCUCAUGUAACUCGAGAGUUGUUAUUGUCUGUGAAUGUCGGUAUCCAUUUCAGUGUGCAUAUUGCAGAAUUUAAACUGUGUAUUUCCAAAAUCCCAUAAAACACCAGUGUAGUCAGUGACACAGCACAACACAACCAGUGUCUCCUGUGAGAUCUGUUACUUCCACUUUCUGCCAUGCAGCUGUUUCAGUGCUGAGGCGAGAGACUACAGUGCUAUAGUAUGCACGUAGCUUGUCUUUAUUUGGAGUAAGUUUGAGAUGACGCUCAGUAAAAGCAAUGUAAGCACCAGCGACAGGGUAGAUUGGCAGAUAUUCAUUGUUGGAAAAGCAAAAAAAAAAAAAAAAACAAACAAAAAAAGAAAAAACAAAGACAGAUUGAUUUGGACUUGUAAAUAGAACAUCUGUGGAGGCAUCCAGUGUCCACAAGAUGAAGGAUCAUAAAUCUUAGUGUGGACUGGUGAGACUUGUUUUGAACCUGGCUAUUAAGUCUAGUAAAAGAACAUCAAGUUCCCAGUGCGCAUAUUUCAGGUUUUGCUUCUCUCAGUCGAACGACUCAAAAUCUCUUUGACUGGAGAUUUGAAUGAAUGUAAAAACCAUGGAUUGUACAUUUAGCUCCACUUGUUUGGUUUAAUUUUGUUGUUGUUUUAACAGACAAUGCACUUGUAUAUAAGCCAUACCUGUUGUUUAAAUAAACCACUAUUUAUUGAUCAAA